AUGUUCAGUUCAAACUUAUCUAAAUCCAAAUCAGAGAAUUUACUACGUAAGUUGACAGGUGAUCUCACCAAAGCUUCUGACAAGAAGAAGAGUAGUACCGAAGCAUUACUUGGGGAACUCAAUAAAAAAGUCACAAAGAAAAAGAAGAAUAAAAUCAUCAAUAAAAAAGCCAUCACUGAAGCAAAAGAUUUGAAAAGAAUCAAUUACGAAAUCAUUAAAUCUAAACCAAAAGAUCAGUUAGAUGAUCAUCAUAAGAAAUAUUUGAAGAAGCUAGUCAGAAAGAAUAAAAGAUUAUUGAUAAAUGACGAAGAAGACUUGGAAGAUAUACAAGCAGAAAUUUUGAAUUUUGAAAAGAAAGCACCAAAGAAGGAUAAAUCUUUCAAGGAACACAAAUUCCCAGGUUUGACUCCAGGUUUGGCACCUGUAGGAUACGAGUCAGAUGAUGAAGACGAUGAAUAG